UAUCCGCCUAUGUUCUUAAUGAUUAAAUUCAAGGUUAUUCUAGUAAAUUAAACAUAGCAAUAGCACUCUGAAUAAAAUCUGGUUGAGAUUUCGUAACGUUCAUUUGAACACGAGAAUGUAGAUAAAAUAUUGAAUCUCUUUCGAGUUAUCAACUAAGUAUUUUUUGACUUUAUCUGAUUUGUUCAGGAGUUCUCAAAGUUAUUCAAUUCAGAUAACACGGCGAUCUCUCGAAAAUUAUUUUCAAAUACUGAUGACCUCGGGAAUAUAAGUGAGUAUCACGAUAUAUUCGAUAUUCUAGUUAAAAAUAUUCAGUAAGUAGUAGACGUGGAAAUAGAAAAAAUGGCGAGAGCACCUACUGUAAAACUAAACAGUGGAUUCGAAUUUCCUGUACUCGGUCUAGGGACAUGGAAGUCUAAGCCUGGUGAAGUAACUCAAGCAGUCAAAGACGCCAUUGACGCUGGAUACCGACACAUCGACUGUGCCCACUACUACCAAAAUGAGGCCGAAGUGGGGGCAGCUAUCAAGGAAAAAAUCCAGAGCGGGGUAGUCAAAAGGGCAGACCUCUUCGUCACCAGCAAACUGUGGAGCACAUUCCUGAAACCCGAUCUAGUUGAACCCAACCUUAGGCUGAUCCUAAGCCACUUAGGGCUGGACUACUUGGAUUUGUUCUUGAUCCACUGGCCAUGUGCUCUCAAGGAAGGAGGAGCGCUCUUGCCAAAAAGACCAGACCACGAUGUUCUUUCAGAAUUCAGUAACGUUGACUAUAUUGAUACAUGGAAAGAAUUGGAGAGGCUCCAAAAACUUGGUUUAACAAGAUCCAUAGGUGUCUCUAACUUCAACAAAAGACAAAUUGAGAGAAUAAUCGAUAAUGGAACUAUCGUUCCUGCCACAAACCAGGUUGAAUGCCAUCCGUAUCUGAACCAGAAGAAACUGAUAGCUUUCUGUAAAUCUAAAGGUAUUGUUAUUACAGCGUACAGCCCCCUAGGAUCCCCUGAUAGACCAUGGGCACAACCUGGCGAUCCAAUUCUCACCGAGGAACCAAAAAUCAAAGCUUUAGCGACAAAAUACAACAAAUCAAGUGCACAAAUUAUCUUGAGGUAUUUGAUCCAGUUGGGAGUAGUAGUCAUACCCAAGUCAGUUAACCGGGCAAGAAUUGUUCAGAACAUCAAUGUGUUCGACUUCGAGUUGAGUACUGAAGAUGUAGCUAUUAUGGACACUUUCAACUGCAAUGGAAGGGUUUGCCAGUUCGUAGAAGCAUCAGGUCAUCCACACCACCCAUUUGAACAUGAUGAAUAUUAAAGUUAGCAAUUUUAUCUGAACAUCUUAUCCUGAUUCAAUUAGCGAAUAAAUUCUUUGUUCCACAAAUUAUA